AUGGAUCUUCGCGUCGACAUCGUCGAGACGAGGCUCUGCCUGGACCAUCGCAGGAGGCCACCAGGUAAGUUCCCCCUCAGGUAAGUGCGUUUGCUUUGUUUCUUCCUUUUGUUUGUUGAAGUUCCGCGUCGUACGCUGCGCUUGCUGCCUGCCCUUUAUAUGCUAGUCUGUCUGUUAAUAGCUAAACGACACCCUCGAUGCCUGCUGCGAUUGUCUGUCCGUCAGUCUAUGACACUCUCUACUAAUAGCUAGGUGUUACGGUGCUUGACUUUGUGUGGUGCCCUCACUUUAUCUCUGACUGGUGACUGUGUCUGCUUGUCCACUCUAGUUCUAAGUCCCAUUGCGUUAGGUAGUGUGUAUGCUCUCUCCUACUUCACUCCAUCACAUCAUCACCUCACCACCAAGGUCCCAGGCUAAUUCGGGUCGUUCUCUCACUAACAAAAAGUCGUGGCCCAUAAUGGAGUCCGGCAGCCGUCUGGGAUAACCGGGCAGCCCUGUUCAGGGAUGCGUUGCCUGCCCCCGCGAGGGGGAGGCGGCUAGAAAAGGUGCCCUAAAGAUCGCUGGGAACCACGCUGUCUGUAGGCUGGCCGUGGCCGCAGACAAAAAACACACGGUCGAAACAGCCAAAACCGAAACAACAACAACAACAAUCGCUCUCUUCCUCUUCCAGCCUAUUCUUCUUCUUCUCCUACUCCUACUUUUCGCCGCCGCAGUCGCCAGACUGGCAGGGUGAGCCCGCUCACUCUGGCAGCCUGGAAUGUUCGUUCCCUUUUAGACAAUCCGAGGAGCAACCGACCGGAACGGAGGACGGCGCUAGUGGCACGAGAACUGGCGCGCUGCAAGGUGGACAUCGCCGCACUCAGCGAGACCCGAUUCUCCGAACAAGGCCAACUGGAGGAGGUGGGUGCCGGCUACACCUUCUUCUGGAGUGGUCGACCCAGGGCAUAGCGACGAGACGCGGGUGUCGCCUUCGCCAUCCGGACCGACAUCGUGGGACGACUGCCCUGUUUGCCGCAGGGAAUCAACGACCGCCUAAUGAGCCUCCGUCUGCCCCUCCGGCGAGGAGGCAAGUUCGCCACCAUCAUCAGCGCCUACGCUCCGCCGAUGACCAGCCCCGACGCCGUCAGAGACAAAUUCUACGAGGACCUGCACGCCCUCUUGGCGACUGUGUCGAAGGCGGACAAGUUGAUUGUCCUUGGUGACUUCAACGCCCGCGUCGGCACAGACCAUACUGCCUGGAGGGGAGUGCUGGGUCCCCACGGUCUCCGCGGCUCGAACGACAACGGCCUGCUUCUCCUCCGCACCUGCGCAGAACACCGCCUCACCCUGAAAAAUACCUUCUUCUGCCUGCCGGAGCGAGAGAAGGCCACCUGGAGGCAUCCUCGGUCGCGUCAGUGGCACCUGCUGGACUAUGUCCUCGUCUGGAGGCGAGAUCAGCGGGACGUGCUGGUGACGAAGGCGAUCGCGGGUGCUGAUGGGUGGACCAAUCAUCGCCUCGUCAUCUCGAAGAUGCGUAUUCGCCUACAGCCUCGCAGGAGACCACAAGGUAAGCGACCCCCAGGUAAGCUAAAUGUUGCUUUGUUGUCUUUGCCAGCUCACCGUCUCCAUUUCAGCAAUGAGCUAGCUCAACGGCUAGACAACCUUCCAAUCGCUGCCGCCGCCAACGACGCCGCCGCCGCUGCCGAGAACGCCUCCGUGGAGAACCGCUGGUGUCAACUGCGAGACACGGUCCAGUCGACGGCGCUCGCCGUCCUCGGUCGCGCUCCCGGCCAACACCAGGACUGGUUCGACGACAACGACGCCGCCAUCAGAAAUCUGCUUGCUGAGAAGAAGGGCCUCCACAAAGCCUACGUAGAUCUACCCACUGAGGACAACAAAGCUGCCUUCUACCGCAGUCGCCGACAGCUUCAGCAACGACUGCGCGAGAUGCAGAACGCCUGGACUGCUCGCAAAGCAGAGGAGAUCCAAGGCUACGCGGACCGCAACGAAUGGAAGAACUUCUUUUCUUCGAUCAAAGCUGUCUACGGCCCGCCGACGAAGGGCACUGCUCCUCUCCUCAGCGCCGACGGCAGUACUCUUUUGACUGAGAAGACGCAAAUCCUGCAGCGAUGGGCCGAGCACUUCCGAGGCGUCCUCAACCGCCCUUCCGUCAUCUCCGACGCCGCCAUCGCCCGCUUGCCGCAAAUGGAGACCAACGUGGACCUCAACUUCCCGCCAUCUCUCCAGGAAACCAUCAGGGCCGUGCAGCAGCUCUCCAGCGGGAAAGCACCCGGAUCGGACGCAAUCCCUGCUGAGGUCUACAAGCACGGAGGUCCCUACAGAUGGAUCACCUGA